CUUACAUCGACCUGCCUAGUCGUUCACCAUCGCCCCUUAUGAAAUACUAGGCAACGACUGCUGCCUCCAGAUGAAAUUUCCAUUUUCGGGACAGAUACCCAACUAUAUAAAUCGCGAUGGAUCACCAAGAGUAGCAAGAGCAGUGGCGCGAAGUAGUAGUAGUGCCCAACUGACCCAUCAUCUGCUGCCUGCUUGGCAUCGCCAUUCCUCCAAGCCUUUUCGUUCUCUUGCUUGCAAAACUACGACAAGACAUAUAGGAACAAUGACAAAUACCAAUCCCUUCUCAACCCUUCUCGGGCAGCAUGAUUCGAUCGCCAUCGCUAAGCUAGCCUCCCUCCAGCCAGCCGCUGAUCGCGAUGCUCCUAUCAAGGUCGUUAUGACAAAUAUGAGCUUGAAAGACACUGUCUACGAAUGCAUUUCGUACGAUCGUUCCUUGGCCAAUUCAGCUAACGAAACCCUGGUGACCAUCUCCGUGGACGGCGAGGACCAGGCCAUCCCCUCCGCUCUCGAAAGCGCACUGCGCAUGUUUCGCCGCAAGUUUCGGCCCCGCUAUCUCUGGGCUGACCUGCUGGCGGGCCGCACGCCGGAGGAGCGCAGCGCACAGGCGAGCAUGCAGCGCCAGGUGUUGGAGAACGCGGAGCGCACGCUGUGCUGGCUAGGGCCGGACAACGGCGAGAAAACGACUAGGGCCUUCCAGACAAUCCACGAAAUCAGCCGGCGCUACUCCGCCGCUUGUCAGGAGGUGGGCGUGGGCCCCGACGACGCCUUCACCCGCAUCACCAUGCAGCAGCUGAUGGCGCUGCGGGAGAAGCUCUUCGACUGUGCCUUCGACGAUCUCAACUCGUUCGACUUCAGCCACUGGAACGUGAUCUACGACGUCUUCGGCGCGUCGUACUGGCAGUCCGUGCAGAGCGUGUCGGACAUCGUGCUCGCGAAGGCGCCAAUCGUCGUGUGCGGCCGCAGCAACAUCCGGUGGCACGACUACAUCGCCGCGUCGCGCGGCAUGCCCAUUUUCCAGGGCAAGUUCUUCCGGGUGCCGCUGCUGCCGCACGUGCUGAAAGGGUUCGAGAUCGCCAACUCCAUCGAGAUUGCAGAGCGCCGCCGCCGCCUGAACGAGUCCGUCGAGCUGCUCCCCAUGAUCCAGACCGCGCGCGAGUGCGCCACCAAGGACCCGCGCGAGACCGUCUUCUCCAUGCAGCUCAUCGCCACGCCGUCGCGCCGCAUCGAGUUCCACGACCAAGGGCCCCAGCCGCUCCCGGCGAUCGACUACACGAAGACGGUGCCGCAGGUCUUCGUCGACGCCGCGCGGUACUCCGUCCUCGAACGCCAGGACCUCAUGAUCUGGUUCGGCGAGCGGCCCCCCUGCGCGCGCCGUCUCCGCCGCCACGCCCGCCGCGGUGGUCUGCCGACCUGGGUCCCCGACUACACCGCCGAGCCGCCUAAAAAGAACAUGGCGCCAUUCAACCCGAACACCCACAUGCGCGGGUGGUGGGACCACAUCACCCCCGCCUCCGCGCGCAAACCCCUGCGCGUCUCGUACCCCGACGACGACGACGCCGACGACAGCACCAGCACCGCCGCCCGGCUACACUUACAAGCGCGGCCCCUCGGGCGCAUCACGCACGUCUCACCCAUCUUCAACGGCGGCAACCUUCGACGCCUCUGCUUCUCCGAGUUCCAGAAGCUGAUCCUCGACACCUCCAACUCCCCCAACAACUACUACCCGAACGAACCCCUGGCCCUCACCAAAGACCGCUUCUGGCGCACCCUCCUCCUCAACACCUCCACCUCCCACGACGCCGCGGGAUCCCUGCGCUCGUUCCCGCCCCCCCCUCCCUCGAUGGCAGCGCACUUCGAGAGCCUGGUCGCAGACGGUGCUCAGCAUGCUGGGGUGCACGCUGGCGGAGCUGCAGACGGCGGAGAACGCGGCGCGGAUCCGCGCGAGCGCGGAGCUGAUGGCGCUGGUGCCGCGGUGCGGGGCCGCGGCGCCGUUUGAGGAGGCGCUGCGGGCGCGGGCGGUCG